AUGGCAGAAUAUCGCAAUAAAUUGGACCCCUCAUUUGCCAUAUCUGAACCCAGUAGCACUCCACUGGGGAAUAUUAUAAAUUGUACCUUAUUAUGGAGAGACAUUCAAUUUUCUGUACACUUAUUCCCAACAGAUGAAUGUAACAGAAGGAAUAUCUCGGAAGAAAAUCUAAUUUCAUCUUCAGGUUGUAAAAUAGAAGAUGAUGACAUCACACAAGAUUCUCCUGGAGAAACCCCUACUGCCCUACUCGUACCUCCUGUACCUCACAAUGUGCUUGUGUCAUGUGGUCCCUCUAAUCAGAGGGAAUGUUCUGAUAACACUGAUAUUGGGUCAUCUUCUACAGCUCUGACAGUAGAUAAAAUAUUUCCCUGUUCUAUAGAUGACAGAUGUUUUACACAGACCGCACAGCUUAUAACCAAUCAUCCAGCUAAGGGAGGUGAGAAACCAUUUCCAUGUUCUGAGUGUGGGAAAUGUUUUACCGAUAAAUCAAAUCUUGUUACACAUCAGAGAAGUCACACAGUUGACAAGCCAUUUCCAUGUUCUGAGUGUGGGAAAUGUUUUACAUACAACUCACGUCUUGUAGCACAUCAGAGAAGUCACACAGGUGAGAGGCCAUUUCCAUGUUCUGAGUGUGGGAAAUGUUUUACACACAAGUCACAUCUUGUUGCACAUCAGAGAAGUCACACAGGUGAGAAGCCAUUUCCAUGUUCUGAGUGUGGGAAAUGUUUUACACACAAGUCAGAUCUUGUUGCACAUCAGAGAAGUCACACAGGUGAGAGGCCAUUUCCAUGUUCUGAGUGUGGGAAAUGUUUUACACACAGCUCAAGUCUUGUUAAACAUCAGAGACGUCACACAGGUGAGAAACCAUUUCCAUGUUCUGAGUGUGGGAAAUGUUUUACUGAUAAAUCAGAUCUUGUUACACAUCAGAGAAGUCACACAGGUGACGAGCCAUUUCCAUGUUCUGAGUGUGGGAAAUGUUUUACAUACAACUCACAUCUUGUUAAACAUCAGAGAAGUCACACAGGUGAGAAACCAUUUCCAUGUUCUGAGUGUGGGAAAUGUUUUACUGAUAAAUCAUAUCUUGUUACACAUCAGAGAAGUCACACAGAUGACAAGCCAUUUCCAUGUUCUGAGUGUGGGAAAUGUUUUACAUACAACUCACGUCUUGUAGCACAUCAGAGAAGUCACACAGGUGAGAGGCCAUUUCCAUGUUCUGAGUGUGGGAAAUGUUUUACACACAAGUCACAUCUUGUUGCACAUCAGAGAAGUCACACAGGUGAGAAGCCAUUUCCAUGUUCUGAGUGUGGGAAAUGUUUUACACACAAGUCAGAUCUUGUUGCACAUCAGAGAAGUCACACAGGUGAGAGGCCAUUUCCAUGUUCUGAGUGUGGGAAAUGUUUUACACACAGCUCAAGUCUUGUUAAACAUCAGAGACGUCACACAGGUGAGAAACCAUUUCCAUGUUCUGAGUGUGGGAAAUGUUUUACUGAUAAAUCAGAUCUUGUUACACAUCAGAGAAGUCACACAGGUGACGAGCCAUUUCCAUGUUCUGAGUGUGGGAAAUGUUUUACAUACAACUCACAUCUUGUUAAACAUCAGAGAAGUCACACAGGUGAGAAACCAUUUCCAUGUUCUGAGUGUGGGAAAUGUUUUACUGAUAAAUCAUAUCUUGUUACACAUCAGAGAAGUCACACAGAUGACAAGCCAUUUCCAUGUUCUGAGUGUGGGAAAUGUUUUACAUACAACUCACGUCUUGUUAAACAUCAGAAAAGUCACACAGGUGAGAAACCAUUUCCAUGUUCUGAGUGUGGGAAAUGUUUUACCGAUAAAUCAUAUCUUGUUACACAUCAGAGAAGUCACACAGGUGAUAAACCAUUUCCAUGUUCUGAGUGUGGGAAAAGUUUUACACAGAAGUCACAUCUUGUUGCACAUCAGAGAAGUCACACAGGUGAGAAACCAUUUCCAUGUUCUGAGUGUGGGAAAUGUUUUAGAGAUAAAUCAUCUGUUGUUAGACAUCAGAAACUUCACACACAUGAGAAUCGGAUGAGACAUCAAAGAGUGGAAGCAAUCUUGAUUGGGCCCGAAGAGCAUGGUUGCGGCUCUACUGGACAUGUCCAUACAGGACCCUUGGCCUCUACCACUAAGAAGGGAUCUUCUUCAACAAGGACCGUUCGUCUACCCGAACUUAUGGCAGCUUCGUUUGACGGCAUGGAAGUUAAACGGAACAUCCUAGGUCACAAAGGGAUUUACAAAAAGAAGAAGUUGGCUCUCUUGCCGGAAGUUCAGACCUUGUUGCAAGGUGUUCUUUAUAUACAAUCUCCCUUUGUGCCCCCUACGGCACCUUGGGAUCUGGAUGUUAUGUUACGCUUUCUACAGUUUUCCUGGUUUGAACCUCUGACGAUGGUAGAGGAUAAAUACCUCUCGUGGAAAACUGUGAUGUUACUGGCCCUGGCUUCUGCUAGGCAUGUCUCAGAAUUGGGGGCCUUGUUGUGCAAAAGUCAGUACUUGCUCUUUUACAAGAACAGAGCAGAGCUCAGGACUCAACAGCAGUUCCUGCCGAAGGUGGUCUCCGCGUUUCACUUGAAUCAACCUAUUGUGAUUCCAUCCAGUUCUGAUACAGCUUCUAGUCCGGAGGCAUUGGAUGCUGUACGAGCCUUGCAGAUCUAUGUCAAAAGGACGGCUUGGGGUUACACGGUAGUGAGGAAGACAUCCGGUAAGUUCGAGACACCCAGCAGCUGUCCCCGUGUGUCAGGAAGACUGAGCAGAACCCAGAGCCCCAUCACGGUGCCUCCACCUCACUCACUGAUACAUGAGAGACACAAUAACCAGAAGAUCCUAGAACUUACCAACAAGAUCAUUCAGCUGCUGACUGGAGAGGGUGAAGAUAGGAGUAAUGUGACUGAUAUGAAGGCAGAAGAUAUAGAGGGAGAAGAGGAGACGUAUGUGACUGAUAUGAAGGCAGAAGAUAUAGAGGGAGAAGAAGAGACGUAUGUGAAGGGUGAUCUGCAGUGUAAGGAGGAGGAAAUCCCUACAGAUAUCAGCACAGAUGAAUGUAACAGAAGGAAUAUCUCGGAAGAAAAUCUAAUUUCAUCUUCAGGUUGUAAAAUAGAAGAUGAUGACAUCACACAAGAUUCUCCUGGAGAAACCCCUACUGCCCUACUCGUACCUCCUGUACCUCACAAUGUGCUUGUGUCAUGUGGUCCCUCUAAUCAGAGGGAAUGUUCUGAUAACACUGAUAUUGGGUCAUCUUCUACAGCUCUGACAGUAGAUAAAAUAUUUCCCUGUUCUAUAGAUGACAGAUGUUUUACACAGACCGCACAGCUUAUAACCAAUCAUCCAGCUAAGGGAGGUGAGAAACCAUUUCCAUGUUCUGAGUGUGGGAAAUGUUUUACCGAUAAAUCAAAUCUUGUUACACAUCAGAGAAGUCACACAGUUGACAAGCCAUUUCCAUGUUCUGAGUGUGGGAAAUGUUUUACACACAACUCACGUCUUGUAGCACAUCAGAGAAGUCACACAGGUGAGAGGCCAUUUCCAUGUUCUGAGUGUGGGAAAUGUUUUACACACAAGUCACAUCUUGUUGCACAUCAGAGAAGUCACACAGGUGAGAAGCCAUUUCCAUGUUCUGAGUGUGGGAAAUGUUUUACACACAAGUCAGAUCUUGUUGCACAUCAGAGAAGUCACACAGGUGAGAGGCCAUUUCCAUGUUCUGAGUGUGGGAAAUGUUUUACACACAGCUCAAGUCUUGUUAAACAUCAGAGACGUCACACAGGCGAGAAACCAUUUCCAUGUUCUGAGUGUGGGAAAUGUUUUACUGAUAAAUCAGAUCUUGUUACACAUCAGAGAAGUCACACAGGUGACGAGCCAUUUCCAUGUUCUGAGUGUGGGAAAUGUUUUACAUACAACUCACGUCUUGUUAAACAUCAGAGAAGUCACACAGGUGAGAAACCAUUUCCAUGUUCUGAGUGUGGGAAAUGUUUUACCGAUAAAUCAUAUCUUGUUACACAUCAGAGAAGUCACACAGGUGAUAAACCAUUUCCAUGUUCUGAGUGUGGGAAAAGUUUUACCGAUAAAUCACAUCUUGUUACACAUCAGAGAAGUCACACAGAUGACAAGCCAUUUCCAUGUUCUGAGUGUGGGAAAAGUUUUACACAGAAGUCACAUCUUGUUGCACAUCAGAGAAGUCACACAGGUGAGAAACCAUUUCCAUGUUCUGAGUGUGGGAAAUGUUUUAGAGAUAAAUCAUCUGUUGUUAGACAUCAGAAACUUCACACACAUGAGAAUGUCCUGUGCGUUCCAACCUACUUCCGGUAUCUGCGGUCCAUCACCUUACAACCUGUGCGUUCCACCCUACUUCCGGGUUACACGGUAGUGAGGAAGACAUCCGGUAAGUUCGAGACACCCAGCAGCUGUCCCCGUGUGUCAGGAAGACUGAGCAGAACCCAGAGCCCCAUCACGGUGCCUCCACCUCACUCACUGAUACAUGAGAGACACAAUAACCAGAAGAUCCUAGAACUUACCAACAAGAUCAUUCAGCUGCUGACUGGAGAGGGUGAAGAUAGGAGUAAUGUGACUGAUAUGAAGGCAGAAGAUAUAGAGGGAGAAGAGGAGACGUAUGUGACUGAUAUGAAGGCAGAAGAUAUAGAGGGAGAAGAAGAGACGUAUGUGAAGGGUGAUCUGCAGUGUAAGGAGGAGGAAAUCCCUACAGAUAUCAGCACAGAUGAAUGUAACAGAAGGAAUAUCUCGGAAGAAAAUCUAAUUUCAUCUUCAGGUUGUAAAAUAGAAGAUGAUGACAUCACACAAGAUUCUCCUGGAGAAACCCCUACUGCCCUACUCGUACCUCCUGUACCUCACAAUGUGCUUGUGUCAUGUGGUCCCUCUAAUCAGAGGGAAUGUUCUGAUAACACUGAUAUUGGGUCAUCUUCUACAGCUCUGACAGUAGAUAAAAUAUUUCCCUGUUCUAUAGAUGACAGAUGUUUUACACAGACCGCACAGCUUAUAACCAAUCAUCCAGCUAAGGGAGGUGAGAAACCAUUUCCAUGUUCUGAGUGUGGGAAAUGUUUUACCGAUAAAUCAAAUCUUGUUACACAUCAGAGAAGUCACACAGUUGACAAGCCAUUUCCAUGUUCUGAGUGUGGGAAAUGUUUUACACACAACUCACGUCUUGUAGCACAUCAGAGAAGUCACACAGGUGAGAGGCCAUUUCCAUGUUCUGAGUGUGGGAAAUGUUUUACACACAAGUCACAUCUUGUUGCACAUCAGAGAAGUCACACAGGUGAGAAGCCAUUUCCAUGUUCUGAGUGUGGGAAAUGUUUUACACACAAGUCAGAUCUUGUUGCACAUCAGAGAAGUCACACAGGUGAGAGGCCAUUUCCAUGUUCUGAGUGUGGGAAAUGUUUUACACACAGCUCAAGUCUUGUUAAACAUCAGAGACGUCACACAGGCGAGAAACCAUUUCCAUGUUCUGAGUGUGGGAAAUGUUUUACUGAUAAAUCAGAUCUUGUUACACAUCAGAGAAGUCACACAGGUGACGAGCCAUUUCCAUGUUCUGAGUGUGGGAAAUGUUUUACAUACAACUCACGUCUUGUUAAACAUCAGAGAAGUCACACAGGUGAGAAACCAUUUCCAUGUUCUGAGUGUGGGAAAUGUUUUACCGAUAAAUCAUAUCUUGUUACACAUCAGAGAAGUCACACAGGUGAUAAACCAUUUCCAUGUUCUGAGUGUGGGAAAAGUUUUACCGAUAAAUCACAUCUUGUUACACAUCAGAGAAGUCACACAGAUGACAAGCCAUUUCCAUGUUCUGAGUGUGGGAAAAGUUUUACACAGAAGUCACAUCUUGUUGCACAUCAGAGAAGUCACACAGGUGAGAAACCAUUUCCAUGUUCUGAGUGUGGGAAAUGUUUUAGAGAUAAAUCAUCUGUUGUUAGACAUCAGAAACUUCACACACAUGAGAAUGUGUAACAUGACAGUAAUCGAAUCUUGAUAAAACUAUACUUUAUUAACACUAUAUAAAAUUUGUAUAUAUGCAGAUGGAAAGUUAUUUAUCUUACAAAUAAAUCUAAUUUCUCACAUAUUUUUUGUUAAA